CUGUUUUUCUUCUUUUGGGAGGUGUCUGUUUUUUCCAUUAUGUUUACCCAAAAAAGAAAGAGAUUAGGUUCUAAGACCUACUAUAUAUUCUUUCUUUAUUCAUUGUCUUAGGGUUGUGGUCUUCUUUUUCUACUUCUAGCUAGCUCCUAAAAAUGCCAAUAACAAAGUAGAUAAGCUGAUCAAAUCAAAUCAAUCAAUCAAUCUUAUGGUUUCUUUUUUUUCCUGGGCAUUUUUUUAGGGUUUCUCAGAAUUCCUCAAUCUCUCUUUCUUGGUUUUCUAAGAUCUCUCCCAUCUUUGCUUCACUAAUUUUAGUUUUCUUUUUUGUGUGGUCGUUGUUUUUUUCCUCUCUUUUUCUAGAUUUCGUUAACAGGGUUUCUAUUUUGGGAAACCGUAUCUGGGUCUUGCAUAGUAGUUUACAAGCUUUGAUUUUAGAUCCACUGUCUAUUCUGCUUCGGUUCAGAUUUCCAUAAAGUUCAUCAUUUUAUUUUCUGGGUUUUUUUUCCUGGAAAUUCGCUCUUCUUGUUUGGAGAGUUUAGAGUACUGCAAGAAAUGGUGAGGGGAAAAACUCAGAUGAAGCGCAUAGAAAAUGCAGCAAGCAGGCAAGUAACCUUUUCAAAGCGAAGAAAUGGGCUGCUAAAGAAGGCCUUUGAGCUCUCAGUUCUAUGUGAUGCUGAAGUUGCACUGAUCAUAUUCUCUCCUAGAGGAAAGCUCUACGAGUUCUCAAGCUCUUGUAUGAGCAAGACGAUAGAACGUUAUCAGAAGAGAUCCAAGGACCAAGGACUCAACGGAAAAUCUGAAGGAACUAAUCAGCAUGUGAAGGAAGACACUCAGAGCUUGGAAAAGAAACUCGAGCUUCUUGAAGUAUCUAAACGAAAAUUCUUGGGAGAUGGUUUGGAAUUAUGUCCAAUUGAUGAGCUACAACAGGUUGAGAACCAGUUGGAGCGAAGCCUAACUAAAAUUAGGGCAAGAAAGAACCAAUUAUUUAGGGAGCAAAUUGAGCAGUUAAGGGAACAGGAGAAAUUCCAAUUGGAAGAGAAUGCAAAGUUACGUGCCAAGUGUGGCCUGCCACCAGUACACCCAUCAAGCAAACAGAGAGAGGUGAACAGACGAAGUCUGGACGUGGAAACAGAAUUGUUCAUAGGACCACCUAAAAGAUGAAGUGGGCACUACAGCUAUAAAAAAAAUAUAGUUAUUCUAAAACCUAUACAGAUUAAAGGCUUUAAUGGCUUUAAUGGCCUUGUUACUGUGUGUUGACAAAACAAUAGUGCAGCCAAAUAAUAAAUUGUGUGAGUUCAUGUGCUCUGGCAAAAGGAAAUUGGGCCACAUAUCAUAUAGUGUUGUUUGUUUGGCCGAAACUACUCAGACAGAACUCGAUAAAACUGUAUAUGACCAGAUGAUUUAUUGUAUCAUUUUCCUUUUUGCUUUAUAUGUAAGUGUUCUUCUCUUUAUGGUA